AUGACCGUUCCUGCUGUCGCAGCCACCACCUUCGCCGAGCCCAGCAAGCCCACCAUGAACGCCUCCGUCACCCCCGUCGACAUCAAGAAUGAUGGCCCUCUCUUCUCUUCGUCGCUGAUCUCGCCCGAGGUGAUAUCAAUCCUGCCGACCGACUACACCAUCCGCCCGCUGCGCCGCUCCGACUACCAGCGUGGCUACCUGGACGUGCUGCGCGUGCUGACGACCGUGGGCGAGAUUAGCGAGGAGCAGUGGAACCAACGUUACGACUGGAUCGCCUCCCGCAACGACGAGUACUACAUGCUGGUUGUGUGCGACGGCGAAGACCGAAUUGUCGGUACCGGCAGCUUGAUCGUUGAGCGCAAGUUCAUCCACUCGCUCGGCAUGGUGGGACACAUCGAAGACAUCGCGGUGGAGAAGAACCAACAGGGCAAGAAGUUGGGUCUGCGGAUUAUCCAGGCGCUAGAUUUCGUUGCUGCGCAGGUUGGCUGUUAUAAGAGCAUUCUGGAUUGCUCCGAGCCCAACGAGGGCUUCUACGUCAAGUGCGGCUUCAAGCGUGCCGGUCUGGAGAUGGCUCAUUACUACUGA